AUGUCUGUUAGACGCGAGUUUGGUGAGGGUAUCAAUUCUGUCAUGUUCUGUGAGGCCUAUGGGAAAGGGGAUCCACAGCAAUUAGAUCUUGACAUCCUGGUCAACAAGAUACUACUCAACGUUGAGAGCAGGGCGGGGUUUGUCGUGGGAACAGCCGGGGUUGUGAUGCUCUUCAACGUCAUGUUCCUUUCCGCCUAUGAUGGAGACUGUCAGGACUACUACAUCAAGAGGGCACUACGAGGUCCACCGCCCCAAGACGACCCAGCGCUCUUGAAAUGGGUGCGGGGGCAACUGGUGCCUCCAUCCCGUCUCCCCUAUAAUCUGUCCUUCUUCAUGAGCGGACUUCACCAGGAGGUAGACCUCAACAUCUCCUCUUACAGCCCUUCACAGGAGUUUAUACUCGGCAAGCUGGAGCAGAUCUUUGGGGACAGGAUAGAGCAGCCUGGCACAUUCCUGGAGGCCGGAGCGUAUGACGGUGAGUUCCUGUCCAACACUCUCUACCUGGAGCACGAGUAUAACUGGCGUGGGGUGCUGAUCGAAGCUAACCCCAUCUUCUUCCAGCAGCUGAUACUCAAGCAUCGCAGGAGCUGGGCCCUCAACCUCUGUCUCAACACAAAGCCCUACCCAUCACAAGAGAGCUUUGUUAUGGGGUCUGGCAGUCCAGUGAGAGUCAAUCACCUGUAUUCCUCAGACGGUGAGGAGCCGGCCGACCCCCUGCUGGAGAGACACAUCUCCUUAGGUUCCUCCAGCCUCCUCCAGUUCAAGGACAAUAACACACAGGCGGGGAAGGAGACCGAAGUGCAGUGUGUGCCACUAUACACGGUAGUUAGGUCUCUGGGUCUCUCUCACCUCGACUUUCUCUCACUGGACGUCGAAAGGGCUGAGAUGGGCAUCCUCAACACCAUACCCUGGGACAAACUAUCUUUCAAGGUAUUGGCCAUCGAGCAUCUCACGUCUGAAGACCUGAUUGAAUACAUGGCAGAGCGUGGUAUCCAGCACGUCGCCUCCAAAUUGGCCGACCACAUAUUCAUCAACAAGAAUAUGGCCGUGGUGAAGACAAUCUAG